UUCAACUGCGUGCCUCCCGGAUGAACGUCCUGGUGUGACGCCAUUUCCUGGAGCGGCGUCCGGACGUCCCGCCCUCCACCUAGCCGGGAACCCGGGCCCUGUGGCGGGCCGCAGUGAGCAGCAGCUGUUUUCUGGGCUGAGAGUCACGUGAGGCAUCCCGGUGCUGUGGGAGGCGAGGGCAAGCUGCAGUUGAGCACUGUCCGGCUUUACCUUCCCCAGGAAGUGCGCUGGACCCUCGUCCUGGAGUGCGCUGAGAUAAUGAAUUCCUUGGGAAAGAAACCAUGGAUUGCAUAUUAGUUGUUGUUUAAGUGUUUGGACUCUGCAAUAUACAGGUUUGUUGCAAAGGCCAAAAAAGAUGGCAACUCCUUAUGUUCCAGUUCCAAUGCCCCUAGGAAAUUCUGCUUCCAGUUUUACAACCAACAGAAAUCAGAGAAGUUCUUCUUUUGGCAGUGUCUCAACAAGCUCAAACUCUUCUAAAGGCCAGUUAGAAGACUCAAAUAUGGGUAAUUUUAAACAGACAAGUGUUCCUGAUCAAACGGAUAGAACUUCAUCUGUCUGUAGCAGUCCUCUCAUCAGGACUAGAUUUACAGGGACAGAUUCUUCCAUUGAGUAUUCUGCUAGACCACGAGAACGUGAAGAACAAAAUCCUGAAACAACAAAUUGGGAAGACAGACCAUCUACACCUACUAUACUGGGCUAUGAAGUGAUGGAAGAAAGAGCCAAAUUUACUGUGUACAAAAUAUUGGUAAAGAAAGCCCCAGAAGAAAGCUGGGUCGUUUUCCGAAGAUACACUGACUUCUCUAGGCUUAAUGACAAAUUAAAGGAAAUGUUUCCAGGCUUUCGGUUAGCACUUCCACCAAAGCGUUGGUUUAAAGAUAAUUACAAUGUCGACUUUUUAGAAGACAGACAAUUAGGAUUGCAAGCAUUUCUUCAAAAUUUAGUUGCUCACAAGGACAUUGCUAACUGCCUUGCAGUGAGAGAAUUUCUUUGUCUGGAUGACCCACCAGGUCCAUUUGAUAGCCUAGAAGAAAGCAGGGCUUUCUGUGAAACUUUGGAAGAGACUAACUACCAUUUGCAGAAAGAACUACUUGAAAAGCAAAGAGAGGUGGAAUCACUGAAGAAACUGCUCUGUGAAAAGCAACUUCACAUAGACACAUUAGAGACCAGAAUCAGAACAUUGUCUUUAGAACCUGAAGAAUCGCUGUAUGUGUCAGGAACAGAUGGUGGACAGAGCCUAAGGAUAGAAUCUUCUGCACUUGAAGAUGAUCAUGAUGUCUUGGAUAAAGAAUCUAGCACUAAUAAUAAGCCACACUUAAGUUCCUAUGAAAGUGAAAACACUGUAUCAGACAUAGAAGUGGCAGAACUGGCAUAUAAUGCUGAAGAAUACUAACACAACACAAACAGUGUCCUCCAUUUCCACAUCUCAGCAACUUGGAAUAGAGGGGCAAAUACGGUUUCAAAAGAAAAUGGACUGAGAAACACACAAGAGCAAGAAUGCACAUGUAUAAAGUUUACAUUAAAGAAACUUUAAAAAAAUUAUUGGAAUAGAUAAUAUAUACGUUGCUGCUUUUAAUUGUCUUCUGUCAGCCUUGUAUUUAGUACACUGAAGAAAAACAACCAAGUUAGAAAUCUGUAAUCAAGGCUAAUGUUUUUAAAUACUGUGUAUAAAUUAUUCUGGUGUUUUGUUUUGCCUGUAUAUUGAUUGCUUCAGUCUAAUGCGUGCUUGCGUGUGUGUGUGUGUGUGUGUGUGUGUGUGUGUGUGUGUGUAUGAGAGAGGGAGAGAGAAAGUAUUUUAAAUUAUCAGUUAUUUUUGUCAAAUGAAAGUUAAUUGCAUGUUACUAUCUGGGCAAUAGAUACUUAGUAUCUUUGACAUGACCUACUUUCAUUAAUGGUAUAAAUCAAUGAACAUCAUAGUAAAGAUAAAAUAAGUUGAGUUUGAAAUAAUGAUGACAUGUUUAUCAUCUCUAAGUAAUUGCUUAUUCCAAAUGUUAAUACUAUUUAAAAGACUUUCUAGUACCAAAGGGAAACUAUUUUAAAGAGCUAUAAUCAUUUAUCUAAAGUGACAAAACAGCCUUGAUUUUAAAAGCCAAUUCAUUAAUAAUAAGAUACUUUAUCUUGGUUUGUUAAUGUUGUGCUUUUUUAUUUUCACAUACUUCUCAUCUUAAACCUCUACCUACAGAUUCAGUCAGUUUGCCUUUCAGAACACUGCCUCUUGUUAAUCUAACACAUAGUCUUUGGAAAGUAUAUUCCACAAUCUAGGAAAAUAAGAUGUUACACAAAAGAGACAGAGAUUGAAGCCAUCUAUAUUGCAGUUUCCUAACUAGCUUGACUCCUGGCAUUGCAUCUUUAUUUAUGUAUAUGUAAAGUUGUUCUUAUACUGUAUCGUGCUAUUUUUCUUUUUUAAGAAACCAAGUGAUGCACUUUAUGAUCAUUAAACUCUCUUGUGCCAAGUUUAAUUGGUAGAUUUCUUUAGUAAAUGGGGUUAGCUGAGUAAAGUAUGUCGUGCCUUUACUAUUUCACUUUGUACAAACUUCUGCGAGGGUCUGUGAGCCAGGUUUAUGAACAAAAAUGUCUCGGCUUGUUUCAGCUCUGUGUAUAGUUAUUGAAAGUGCCUUGUUUGGGUUUUAUAAUGUGAAAAUAUGUGGUUAUUUUCUGUUUAUACUUUUUUGCUUAAUGAUAUUAUAUGCAUUAUAAUCAUACUAUCAUUUGGGAAUCCUGGUGGUAUAUUGAACUAAACUCUAAAAAGAACCUUAGUAGAGAACAGAAUAACAGUACUUUUUUUUCUUUACUAUCUAGGAGUUUAUAGUGUCUGAAUGAACAUGACACAUUGUGAUUGUUUAAAAUUACACUGACAAAAUCAGCACACCCAGUGGCUAUUGCUAACUUCCAAUCUUAUAAUGGAGACUACUUGUUACCAAAGUAUCCAAAAUUGUAAGUCUCUGUUAAAAUGUAUCAGUAUGUUCUGAAUCAGAACAUUUUCAACAAAGUAUAUUAGGAAUGUGUUUAUUAUCCUUACUCAGAAAUGAAUAUAAUAAUCUGGUCUUCGUAUUUAUUUAAAUUAUUCUAGGUGUUCCAAGUAGCUUUGAACAAUCACUGAAUACUAUUGGGAGUCUAAUAACCAGAUGAUCUUUGACAAAUUCCAGAUAUUAUAGGGCUACAUCUGUCUUAAAAGGAUCCAAACACUUAUACAAUGUGGCUUUUCAGAAGAGUGUAUUUAAAGUUCUGGAUGGGCAUUGAAAAACUGUUAAUUAGCUAAAAACAUCAUUAUUAUACUUAGAAUUUACUUUUUUUUACUUUUAUAAUGUGUUUUGCUUCCAGUAUUCCAUUCAUUUAAUAAAUUUAUUUUUUCAUGUUAA